CUUUUUAUUUGUCAAAAAAAAAAAAAACAUUACACGCGUAGUUUAUUAUUAUAAAGUAACGAAGCAAGUAACAUUUUUAUUCAGUUUGUAAUAAUUAAAUAAAUAAACAUGUCAGUUUGGAGAAUGGGUCCACCCAAGUUAUUGGGAACAUUGUCAAGUCUUUUUAGACAUCAACCAAUUGCCUCUUAUCAUGAAAAUGUUAUUGAGCAUUAUGAAAAUCCGAGAAAUGUUGGAUCAUUGGAUAAAAAUGAUAUAAUGGUUGGUACUGGACUUGUUGGAGCACCGGCAUGUGGUGAUGUUAUGAAACUUCAAAUAAAAGUUGGUGAUAAUGGUAAAAUUAUUGAUGCUAAAUUUAAAACAUUUGGAUGUGGUUCAGCAAUUGCAUCAAGCUCAUUGGCAACUGAAUGGGUCAUUGGAAAAACUAUUGAUGAAGCUUUACGUUUGAAAAAUACAGACAUUGCAAAAGAACUCUGCCUACCACCUGUCAAGCUACACUGUUCGAUGCUUGCUGAGGAUGCAAUCAAGGCAGCACUCUGGGAUUAUCGCAUGAAAUUGCAAAAAUCAAAAGAACAAAAUUCAGAUGAUAAAAUAACUACAGAAAAUAAAGAUGUCUAAUAAAUAUCUAUAUAAAGGAUCAUUAAAAUUCUAGUAUGUAUUAAAAGAAAUAUAUUUCUCGUGAAUUAAAUCAUUAUAUAGAUUUCAAUUCACAACCGUGUGUAUAUAUAAAUUAAUAUGAAUAUUUUAAAUUUGUACAAACGGUUUAACAAUAAAUCAUAAUUCAAAAAUGAAUUUCUAUUAAAAAAACUGAUUAAAAUAUAGUUUUUUAAAAAACCAUAAAUUUA